UAGCAUACCAUAACAUUGCCGGCCCUCCAUUAUCAAAAGGAUAACAUCAUUAGCCAAGAAUAAGAUCCAGACUUACCAGUUCUUGUACCACCAUCUUUUUAACCAAAUCAAUCAUUUAUAUAAAACCUUUACAAGGUCAAGCUCAAACAAUACUCUUCACUUUUUAAAAUCCCCUCAAAAACAAAGAGAGCGCUACCAUCUUCUUCUGUCUCUCUCUACUUAGCUGUUUGUUGUGACUCUCUUUCUCUCUCUUCUGUCCUACCUGUCUGUGUUAUUCUGCUUCAUCGGAAGAUCCGUUUGAGAGUCUAACGUGCAAUAUCGUUUACAACUGAAGCAGCAGCAGUAUUUGGAAAUGGUCAACAGGUAUGGAGAUUUCUAACGUGCAGCAAAUAUCAUGGUGCAGUGUAUAGACGGAAUUCAGCAUUUAUUUCUUUCCCUUCUGCGAUGUUGUGACCUUGAAAUUUCCAAACCACCACGAGGUCUUGAAGACCCUGAGCGCCUAGCGAGGGAGACUGUCUUUAGUGUCAGUGAGAUAGAGGCACUCUAUGAACUUUUUAAAAGAAUCAGCAGUGCUGUGAUUGAUGACGGUCUCAUCCAAAAGGAAGAAUUUCAGUUGGCCUUAUUUAGGACAAACAGAAGGGAGAGCUUGUUUGCUGAUAGGGUCUUUGACUUGUUUGACACAAAGCAUAAUGGAGUUUUAGGUUUUGAAGAGUUCGCUCGUGGACUCUCUGUUUUCCAUCCACAAGCUCCUAUUGAACAAAAAAUCGACUUUUCUUUUAAGCUGUAUGAUCUCAAGCAGCAAGGUUAUAUUGAGAGGGAGCAGGUGAAGCAAAUGGUUGUGGCCACAUUAGCUGAAACUGGUAUGAAUCUUGCAGACCAUGUUAUUGAGGAAAUUAUCACCAAGACCUUUGCUGAAACGGAUACCAAACAAGACGGUAAAAUUGACAAAGAAGAAUGGAGAACCCUUGUCUACAGACAUCCAUCACUACUGAAGAAUAUGACUUUACAAUAUUUGCAGGAAAUUACAAUUACGUUUCCGAGCUUUGUGUUCCAUUCUCAAGUUGAUGAUACCUGAGUUUCUUCCAUUCAAGUUUUGAUCUUGGAUCACUUUACCUUUUUAUUUAUUGAUUUAUUUUGCUUUUACCAGACUAAUUGAUUAUUCAGCAUGGAUUUUAUCCUUUAUGGAACUCUUUUGUACAGAGGAUUGAGAGAAGUGCUUCACAUACUGUGUGAUUAGAUUUGAAUAAUGUAAUCUGCUUGUUUCAUGCUUCUUUUUUUUCUUCAAUUUAUUGAGAAAGGACAUACCAUUUUUUUUCCGUGCA